UUGCAGGAGACUUAACCAGUAUUGCACUAUUAAUUGCAGAGAUUCCAAAUUAUAAUGGACAAAUUCCACCAGAUGAAUGGUAUCAAAGAAUUAAUCAAAUAUUAACUUUACCAUCGAUUAU